GUAUUUCUGACGUCAAAAUGGGAAUGACAUCCCUGCCUGUGGAGGGAGAUGCGACUGGCGUCAAUAACCCCGAAUCCAUUGGCUCUGAUGCCAGGGAUUCUGCUACCGACGACGUUGAUAUUGAAGACGUAGCUCUGCCAACUACGCCCACGCUGCCAGCAAUAAAUGACUUCCCUACGAGUCCUUACGACCCAGAUGAGGACGAAGAUAUCUACGGCUGCUCUGUCGCAGGCGAUAUUUCCGAGGAAGAAAUGAGCAUCGCCGGCAGCUCUGUGGCAGCCGAUGUCCCCGAGGAAGAGGACAGCACCUACGUACCCCCUUCGAAUCCUCACGACACAGGUGACGAUGACGAUAUAUCCGAUAGCGAUAACAACGCAGAGAAUGACGAUAUAUCCGAUAGCGACAAUAACGCAGAGGAGGAAGACAUCUACGACUGCUCUGUCGCAGGCGAUAUUCCCGAGGAAGAGGGCGGGAGCUACGUGCCCCCUACGAGCCCUUUCGUGCCAGAUGAGAGUGACGAUAUAUCCGAUAGCGACACUAACGCAGAGGACGAAGACAUAUACGGCUGCUCUGUUGCAGGUGAUAUCCCUGCUGACGACGAUGCAGAUGUGAUUGACGACAUUCAACCAUCCAUAGACGAGUCUCCUCUUUCGGUUGAGCCAGAUACCGGCUUUAACUAUGAAGGGCCAGCUCUUUCCGAAAGUCCAUCUGCUGCACUUGAAGCCCUGGUGGAAGAGGGACUCCGGUCAUAUCAUGACGAUAACACGGAAUUUAACCCAGAUACAACGACUGUGGGCAUGGGCAUUGAGGACACGGAAAUGGGAGAAGCAGCUGUUGAAGAGAACCAUGCCCUUGCAGAGAGUACCACGGAUAUUCCGAUGGAAAUUCCCCCCACACAGGAGGCUGAGAUGGCAAAUCCGGUCAACAUCAACACGACGGUUCCAGGGCUCGGCAGCAAUAUCUUCAGUUAUCAUCACAUAUCACCACCGGUUGAUACUCCGGUAGCAGAGCACCAUGUGAUGACCCAGGGCAAU